UGGCUGGGAACGGCGCGGGGCCCAGAGUAGGUGGGCGCCGAGGACCCAGCGCACCAGGGAAGCUGAGGUCGUGGGUCCGGCGCUUUCUCCCGUCUCCCGCCGCAUUCCUGGGGCUGGCGGCGUUCCCUGGGCGGAAGAACAGUUUCAGUCCUGAGCGACGCCAGACUUUUCCUUGUCACAAAUUGAUGGAUUUUCCAUCUCUCAACUAACAGUAUUGGAGCUGUAAAAUCAUCAGAUUUGAAACAAAUCUGUAUUCAUGAAGAGUGACUGCAUGCAAACCACAACAUGUCAAGAAAGAAAAAAUGAUCCAAUAGAAAUGCUUCAUUCUGGGCAGCUGGUAAAAGUCUGCGCCCCAAUGGUGCGAUAUUCAAAGUUGGCUUUUAGAACACUGGUAAGAAAAUACAGUUGCGAUCUGUGCUAUACGCCAAUGAUAGUUGCUGCUGAUUUUAUCAGAUCUAUAAAAGCCAGAGACAGUGAAUUUACCACAAACCAAGGUGAUUGCCCAUUGAUUGUUCAGUUUGCUGCUAAUGAUGCAAGAAUUUUGUCUGAUGCUGCUCGUAUAGUCUGUCCUUAUGCGAAUGGAAUAGACAUUAACUGUGGUUGUCCUCAGAGGUGGGCAUUGGCAGAAGGUUAUGGAGCUUGCCUAAUAAACAAUCCAGAGCUUGUUCGAGACAUGGUGAAACAAGUAAGAAAUCAAGUGGAAAAUCCCAGAUUUUCAGUAUCUAUUAAAAUAAGGAUCCAUGAUGACCUUACAAGAACUGUAGAUCUUUGUCGAAAGGCUGAAGCGACAGGGGUUUCCUGGAUUACAGUCCAUGGAAGAACUGUUGAAGAAAGGCAUCAGCCAGUUCAUUAUGAGGCCAUUAAAAUAAUUAAGGAAAAUAUGUCUAUACCUGUAAUUGCUAAUGGAGACAUCAGAAGCUUAAAAGAAGCAGAAAAUGUGUGGCAUAUUACUGGGACAGAUGGUGUGAUGGUUGCAAGAGGACUCUUAGCCAACCCGGCCAUAUUUGCUGGAUAUGAGGAAACCCCACUGAAAUGCAUCUGGGACUGGGUUGACAUUGCUCUUGAACUUGGAACUCCUUAUAUGUGUUUCCAUCAACAUUUAAUGUACAUGAUGGAAAAGAUAACUUCGAGGCAGGAAAAAAGAAUAUUUAAUGCUUUGUCAAGCACAUCAGCAGUCUUAGAUUACCUUACAGACCAUUAUGGGAUUGACUGGACUCCCUAAAUUAUUUUCUAUCUUCAGUGAAACCACCCAGGGUCACAUCUUGGUUUUCACUUUGAAUCAGUGGCUCUCAAACAUUAGUAUAAAAACAAUGCCCUGACAGAAUUUUUAAAACUCAUUCUUAGACCAUAUCCUCAGAGAUUCUGAUUCAGUAAAUCUCUAGGGUGGACCCAAAAUUUAGUUUUAAAGAAGACCCCAGGUGGUUCAAACAGACAAACAUUGCUCUGAAUCCUAUUAUGGAUUUAAAACUGUAAGAAUUUUUUUCUUAAAGGAAUCAUGUUUUUAACAUUUUUAAAUAAAUAAAACUUUUUAUUUUGAUACUAAA